GUCAUCUCCUGCGCUUCACUGAUUUGGGUGUUAAUCUUAGCAAGGUUGAACAAUGUUCUGGAAAUUUCAUGCUGCACCAUCAGCAAGUGUAGAUGAACUUCUAAGCAAAGAGAAUGUAACCCUAGAACAAUUAUUGGAUGAAGAGGACAUUAUACAAGAAUGCAAGGCUCAGAACAGCAAAGUCAUUGAUUUCCUGACACAGCCGGACAUGAUGAUGUCGCUGGUGUCGCACAUGGUGACGGAGCCGGACCCGAGUGGCGACGUGACGGCACAGUACCGCUAUGCCAACAUGGCCUCCGAGAUUGUGACGUGCAACAUCCCAGCCAUCAUCGACCAGCUGGCGUCCGAGCGGCCGCUGCUGCAGCGGCUCUAUGGCCUGCUGGAGCAGGACGUGCCGCUCAACCCGCUGCUGGCCAGCUUCUUCUCCCGCACCCUGGCGCUGCUCAUUGUCCGCCGACCCGACCAGAGUUGGUACUCCUAUCAGUUCAACUGCUUACAGGUAUUAGAAUUCCUUAAGUCCAUGGAGACGUUCAUCGACCUGGUGCUGAAGCACCUGGGCACCUCGGCCAUCAUGGACCUGACGUGCAAUCUCAUCUCGGGCAUCGAGGCGCCCGAGUACCGGCAGAACGCGCUCAACUGGCUGAACGACCAGCGGCUGGCGCAGCGGCUGGCCGAGCUGAUGGCCGACUCGCAGCAUCCAGAGCGCCAGGCCAACGCCGGCCAGGUGGUCAUCUCGGUGGUCAGCUGCGCCAGGCAGAUGGCGCAACAGCUGGCGCCCGGCGAGAAGGAGCCCAACCCGCUCGUCUCCACCAUCGAAACGGUGGAGUUCGUCUCGACGGUGCUGGACGGCGUGCUUGGCGACGGCCGGACGGAGGCCGGCCUGGUGAACGCCGUGCUGGUGCUGCGGCUGCUGCUGGACACGGGCCGCCAGGGCGCGCCGUACGCGCAGAACGAGGCCGACGAGGAGUCGCCGCCCCAAGAGCCGGCCAGCGUGCAGGCGGUGACGGAGGCGGUGCUCCCGCGGCUGGCCGAGCUGCACGCCGUGCUGCUGGCGCCGCCGCCGCGGCCGCCGGUCAACACCACCUGCGGCCGGCUGAGCCCGCCGCUCGGCGCCACGCGGCUGCAGCUGGCGCGGCUGACGGCGGCGCUGCUCGCUGCCAACCGGCACCCGGUCAACCGGGAGCUGGCGCGGCUCGGCACGGUGGACGUCCUGCUGGACCUGUUUUUCCAGUAUACACUGAACAAUUUCCUUCACUCACAAGUAGAACAAUGCAUUGGUCUGAUCCUGGAUGCGGAGCCGCAGGAGAACGAGGAGGGCAAGAGCUGUCAUCCACUUCUAGUACAUAUAUUCACAAAGACAAAGCUGGUGCAGAGAAUACUGCAGGGCAUGGAGGAACCCCAGACGAACGGCGAGACCUCGGAACAGAAACGGUGCUGCCGGUCACUGCGAGCCUACUGCGGCCACCUGGUCAACAUGGCCAACAAGAUCUGCUCGGCGUGCGAGAAAGGCCCAAACGCCGAGCUGGUGCAGCGCCAGCUGGACGCGCUGCCCGAGCCCAUCCGGGCCGCCUGGCAGGCCUUCAAGGAGGCCAAACUCAACCGCAUUAACGAACAGAACAAGCCGGUGUUGCCCGACACCAAGCAGGACUCGAGCAGCGACUCGGACUACCGCGGAGUCACGGACGCCCAACAGGCAGCCAUACUGAGGACGUUCCACAACUUCCAGCUGCUAAACGCCGGCACUGGCAGCGGCCUGUCCGACCAGAUGGGGCACAGCGACGACGAGUACAACGACAUCGGCGACGUGCUCAGCGCGCCGUCGGAGCAGCUGACACCGGUGGGCCUGCUGGCGCUGGACGCGGCCGUCGAGCAGCGGCCGUCGGCGGCCGAGCUGUUCGCACAGCAGUGCGCGGAGCGGUUCGGCGGCCCGGACGAGACAGAGCCGUGGUCGGCGCGCCGGGCCGCCAGCCUCGAGCGCUGCCACUCGAGCUCGGACGAGGAGGACGGCGACGAGCCCGAGCCUGGCGACGAGCCGGCGCCCGGCCACAUCUCCAUGGAGGUGGACACGAGCGACCCGUGGGCCGAGGCCAGUGCCGCCCACCCGGUCGCCAUGGACACCAACCUGUGGGAGUCGGCGCCGGCCGCCGACCCGGCCGCCAGCGACUGGGCCGACUUCGCCGCCUUCCCGGCGCCGGCCGCCGUGCCGGCCUCGCCGCCGCGCGAGAGCAAAGGGGGAGGUGACUCGGCGACCGAGCCGACGGCCGGCUUCCAUGCCAACUUCGAGGCGGCGUUCUCGCACACGUGCGCGCUGCAGGAGGGCCAGCUAUCGCCACCGCCGCCCGAGCAGCCUCCGCCACCGCCUCCGCAGCAGCAGAAGCAACAGCAGCAACAGCAGCAGCAGCAACAACAGCAGCCG